CUCCCUCGGGCGAGGGGCGGGUUCCAGAGCUUGGCGCGCUCUCGCGGACCCGGCGGCCGCACAGCAGCGGCGAGAUGGCACCGGCCGGAGGCCCCGGGGCCAAAAAGGGUAUUUUGGAACGUCUGGAGAAUGGGGAGGUUGUGGUUGGAGAUGGCAGCUUUCUCCUAACUCUGGAGAAGAGGGGCUACAUGAAGGCGGGGCUCUGGACUCCAGAAGCGGUGGUGGAAUAUCCCAAUGCAGUUCGUCAACUUCACAUGGAAUUCUUGAGAGCAGGAUCAAAUGUCAUGCAGACUUUCACCUUUUCUGCCAGUGAGGACAAUAUGGAGAGCAAGUGGGAAGAUGUGAACGCCGCUGCCUGUGACCUUGCCAGGGAAGUGGCUGGAAAAGGUGACGCUUUGGUGGCAGGAGGGAUCUGCCAGACAUCGGCGUACACACACCACAAGGGUGAAGCUAGAGUCAAACAACUCUUUCAACGCCAGCUAGAUGUUUUUGCCAGGAAAAAUGUGGACUUCUUGAUUGCCGAGUAUUUUGAGCAUGCUGAAUAAGCCAUGUGGGCUGUGGAAGUGUUAAAAGCGUUGGGUAAACCUGUGGCAGCUACCAUGUGCAUAGGCCCAGACGGAGACAUGCAUGGCGUAUCACCUGGAGAAUGUGCCAUUAAGCUGGUGAAGGCAGGGGCUGCGAUUGUGGGCGUGAACUGCCGAUUUGGACCCAGCACCAGCUUGAAGACGAUGAAACUCAUGAAGGCGGGCCUACCGGCUGCAGGGUCGAAGGCGCAUCUGAUGGUGCAGUCCCUAGGCUUCCAUACACCGGACUGUGGCAAAGGAGGGUUUGUGGAUCUCCCAGAAUAUCCCUUUGGACUGGAGCCCAGAGCUGCAACCAGAUGGGAUAUUCAGAAAUAUGCCAGAGAGGCCUACAAACUCGGGGUCAGGUACAUUGGCGGGUGCUGUGGAUUUGAACCCUACCACAUCAGGGCGAUUGCAGAGGAGCUGGCCCCAGAAAGGGGCUUUUGGCCUCCUGCUUCUGACAAAUAUGGGAGUUGGGGAAGCAGUCUCAAUAUGCACACCAAGCCCUGGAUUAGAGCCAGGGCCAGAAGGGAGUAUUGGGAAAAUCUGCUGCCAGCUUCGGGCAGACCUUUCUGUCCUUCACUGUCACAGCCGGACGUCUAAGGAGUAGUGCUGUUUCAGAAUAACAGAUCGGAAGGAAGUCCCCCUCCACCCCCGUCUGGAACUCUUCCCCGCCUUUACCCCCAGCCCACCUUGCUGUCUCCAGUUGCUGAACAGCUAAUGUGCUGCUGGCCCUUCGGUUCCGUCCAACAUACACAUCUUAUGCUCCCAUUGUGGACAAACACCCAGCUGGAUGCUGCAGCAGAUGCAGAGGUGAUGGGAAAGGGCCUCUGCAUAGAGGUCCUCCAGCUCCUUACUGUCCAGUAAUGCUGUGCUACAUUCUUUGGAAGGUCAUCAAGAAUAGCAACACGUGGUGCACCUGAGUCGUUCAGUCAGUUAAGCAUCUGGUUUUGGCUCUCAUGGUUCUUGAGUUCAAGCCCCACAUCGGGCUCUCUGCUGUCAGUGCAGAGCCCGCUUCAGAUCUUCUGCCCCUCUCAAGUGUCUGUCUCUACUCCACUUGGGUUCUUUCUAUUUCAAAAAUAAACGUUAAAAAAAGAAUAAUAGAGAAACUUGUUUUUAGGGUGAAUUUGAGAUUUUAAAAUAACCAGAAGUCACUGAACACCAAACCUAGUGAUUCAUUCAGGCAACCAAGCUAGGUGCUUGAGGAAGAUGGAACAAUGAGUCUGCUUCUCUUACAUGAUUUGUAUGAUGACUCCAAGGGCAAUCCCAAGGAAGAGAAGCAAAAAAUGUUUUGAGCAAUGGCAGGGUUAUUGAAGUAAGUGAUUACUUUCAAAAAUGAUUUUACUUAAAGGUGUUAGGUCCUUAAAAAAAAAAAAAGGUGCUAGGAUCUAGAAUAUUCUUAAAUGUGUCUUUAUGAUCACAAACAGCUAAAUUAUAAAUUACUUAAAGACAAGGACAAUUUGCUGUGCUUCAUAUAUUUUUCCUUAAAGUAUUUAGCACUGUGCUAGGCAUAACAAUGGAUGCUCAAUGAAAUUCUUAUUUUUGAUUGUUAAAAUGAGUAAAAAUAAAUCAACGGUUUUAGAAGACUUUUGAGAAAGUCUGUUCUAAUCUGUCUUGGUCUAAUAUUUUCUUGACUUAUGUUUGUGUUAGUUGCCAUGUGCCAAUAUCUCUCUGCUUUUUCCAAAACAAUGUAUCAAUUUGUGACAAUUAGUAAAAUUAAAAGUAAUGUACCUGUGA